AUGGCGGCACCUAAUAGUGUGUCGGCUACUGAAGGACAGUCAUGGAAUUCUUGGGCCGAAACUAUCGGCUUCAGGAGUCCAGAAACAGACGAAGAAGCCGAUACGGAGGCAGAGACGGCGAAAAGAGAGAGCGAUGCCAUGAAAUUAAGAAAAGAGGAUAUGGAACUUUUUGGAUUUUGUCCGGCGUGGGAUGAUUUCUAUUUAGUUGUGUGCGAAAUAUGUAACCAAGUCACAAAACCACAGGCUCUGCGAAAUCACUUGGAGCAGCGGCAUGGGAGCAUUGGCAACUUUGCUCGGGGUGACCAUACUGCCGACCCCUCCGUGCUCCACCCUUCUGGUGGAGGAAAGUCUUCGGGGCACAGCUCCUCUUCUUCGUCAUCAUCUUCAUCCUCGACGUCAUCGUCUUCCGCACCACGACACUCGGGCGGGCAAGCUGGGCGCCCGUCAUCGACGGCAAAGGCUCCGACUGGAUCCUCACUGUCAGGGAAGCACAGCGGCGCUGCGGAACGACUAAAACGCAACCACCACACGCUGGCCCCUGUAGUUCGAGUGGAGCGUAUGCCACUUCCACGGCAGCCUGACGGGACGGCCGCUCGCAACAGCUCGCCCGGUCGAGAAAAGGAGCUGCCCUCUCCCCAGCAGCCACCACCUCUAACCCCCGGUGGGCAAGGGCUGCUAUCCGGACCAGGCCCAGGGCAGGCCAAUCACGUGAUGCCGGGCAUGAGCGCCGGCGGCGCUCCGGCACUGGCAGUUGCGACGACCCCCACCACGGCGCCCACCUCUGUCAGGAAGGUGGCCUCCGGUGGAGCCUCCACAGCCGGCACCGGUUCUUCUCACGGGAAGAAGAUUCAACGGGAGAGGAAGCUGCUGCCGUGUAAAGAUCGUGAGUACGACCCAAACAAGCACUGCGGUGUCCUUAUUGGAGACAGCGGGAAGCCGUGCACCCGCUCCCUCACUUGCAAAACCCACUCCUUGACACUGCGCCGAGCGGUUGCUGGGCGCCGAAAGAACUUCGAUGAGCUCUUGUCCGAGCACCGAGCCACAAAGGAAGCGGCUCUCAAUGCCAGCAAAUCAGCACAUCCGCCAUCGUCGUCAGCCAGUUCGGUGACAGAUGGAGUCACUUCAUCACCUGCACCAUCACCACUGUCAUCUCAUCACACUGGUGGCCCAUCCACUAACGUGGCAGCAUCUGCCGGAAAACACGGGUGCCCCAGUGAAGCCCUUCCUGGCAAUAGGACGUCUGGGGGAUCGGUGCAUUUGGUCGCACGAGCUCCAAGCGGUGGCGGUUCCAAGCAGAGUGUGUUGUCCAAGGGAUCAUCUGGUACAGCCGCCUCCUCAGCUGGAGCCUCUGCCAAGCAGGACCAGAACGCGAAAAGUGCACCAAUGGACACAACGCCUGCUGCACAGGCAACUAGCCAGCCAUCGGCUGGUAGCAGCUCUACGAGUUCGGGAAGCACGACGCGUCAAAGGCCAGACCACAGCAAUGAUCCUUACGUCUCGCACCACCCUAGGCCAGCAGCCGUGUGUACCUUUGGCCUGAGGCAAAUGGGCAACGGCUUGUUUCUACUGGACCGGCGGUGGGACGCGACCCGUUCAGCUCUGGCCUCGGCACUGGGCACAGAUGGCACGCAACCACCACCCCUGAAGAGACUGUGCGUGGUUGACUCUCGGCUUCCAAACGCUGCUGGUUCCGGCUAUGUCUCUUCAAAAGAUGAACACUUGCGCUCCGCCAAUCAGCACAGCAUUGGCAGUGUGGCAGUGGUGGAAGCUCCGGUCGCAGUGGCCACAUCACAGACUUCAGUGCCACAUACUCUGGCCACUGCUGUUCGAAGCAGUCCACAUCCAACUGGCACGAGUGGGGGCACCUUGAGCACUCAGGCAAUGUCGACAGCCAUUGCCGCUGCCCACCCAGUGUCAAAAGCCACCCACCCGUCAAAGCAAGCAGCUCCGUCCAGGAGUGCGGGGAGCAAUGGUGGUGGCAGUAGUGGUGGCAAUGUGCUUCUGUCCAGUGCUCCUCGCAAAAAGAAGCCAGUCUCCUCCACCGUCGCGACUGUGGUGACCUCAUCAACACCGUCGCUGGCCUCGUCGCUGGCCACAGUCUCAUCGAUUGCAACCAGCACGCCGGUGUCAUCAGUGGCUUCCGCUGUGCAAGUGCCAUUGUCGGGCACGUCUGUGACCUUUCCGUUUCGGACCCAUUUGGGUGCACUGUCGAGACUUCAAGUGUCGGGGCAGGGUGUGGCUUCCAAGGACGGAGGUACAGCCAUGCUGGUGACCACAGCGGAUGUGCUCAACGGGCAGGUCAGCAGUGGUGGCUUGCUUCACUCGGUUAAAAUUAGCAAACCAGCGGUGGCCACAACAUUGCUACAGUGUCGCCCUGUUGAUGACAAAGCUGCAAAGCCAGCUGCUGGGCCUACCCUGCUGAAGGCACGCAAACUAAACCCUCCUGCAUCUGGACGCACCUCAUCGACACCUGUGAUGAAGAACCACCACCAGCCUUCCAUCUCCCAAGGCUUGGUCUUGCCGGAACUGUUGGCCGCACCACAAGUGCCUGUGCCCACAGCUAGCCAGCUUCCCAAUGGCAUGCCCACAGUACUUGGGCAGAGCAAGCUGUUCUCUGUGCCCAAUCAUUCGGUGCAGGGAGUUCUAGACGGCACCACUUUUCACCAGGCUCAAUUGGUUGCAAAAGGGGCACGGAAUGGUUCAAGGUCGCACCCUGGUCGCGCCGUGCUGCCCGACACAGCGUCCAGUGUCAUGACCGGUUCGACAGCCACAUCACUGCCAGCCUCCAUGGCGAAACAGCAGCUUUACCAGCAGGUUCUAGCUGGGCAGGUGCAAGCUCAGCUGGUGCCAACCGCCCUGAAGCUUCCCCUGUUGCUCCCGAACGACGAGCGGCGUCACAGGCCACAGCAGCCACAUCUAAAGGUGCCUGGUGGAUCACUGCCAACGUGAAAUAUUGCCCAACUGCAUCGUCAGUGCAUUCAGUUUUCUCGUGUGCUUGUGUGAAUAGGUGGACAACACGACUCUGCGCGAAAGUGCGCACGAUCGGGAGCGAGCUUGCGGAUGGCGACACACUUCCCGCGGUAACAGCUCAUGGCGAAGGCCUGAAGCAGAGUGCCGGCCAGCAACAACUCAGUGGUACUGCGCAUCUUGUGGACCUCCAGAUCUGCGUCUGACACCAUGCAGCAAUUGACAACCUCCAUUCAGUUGGCACUGUACCCCGGCCCUUCAUCAUGUGGUAAUUCCAAGGGUGAUGGGGGAAGAAAAAAAGUAUGUUGUCUCUGCUCUGCAAAAACGGCAUGUUGUGGUGUUCACAUCUUCGUUUGCCUUGCUAUGACCAAAUUGAGGGAAAUGUGCUAAAUUGUGUGUGAGGAAAAAUUAAAUCAAGUCCUUCAGAGUUGUUUUUUUUAAUGGCGUGGCCAAUUGUAGCAGGUAGAAACGCUCCACUUGUUAAUGAGUUAUGUGCAUCUUGCUGUUUUUGUUGCGAUCAUCGUGUGGGAUAUCACUUGUUUUCAAAUGUACGAGCCUAUUUAAAGGCCUCUCCUGACAUUUAAAUUUCAUCAGCUACACCUUUCUCGCUCGUUUAUUGUGUGUUUGCAACAAAGUAAAUCCAGAGAAAAGUUGCACGAGUACACUGUGGCCAUGUUGUGAAUUUUCUUCACUUUACAAGCUUUUUGUUCUGUUGAACUUGUAGGCCACACUUAAUAAAUUGUAAGGCUCCUCCUUAUUUAGCUUAAGCAAAGCUAGAUUGCAUUGCUAAAAUGACUUUUUUUUGUUCUUUUUUGUUGAGCCUCCUGGUUAUUUCAUGUUAAAGUGUGCAUUCUUAAACCAUUGUUUCAUGCAUAUAAUGCAAUUCGUUACUGUUGCCAUGUGUGGGUGGAAAUUCUGGUCUGCGUUUAAGAACAAAAUCAAAUUGAAGUGAUAGAAAUGAAUAGUACGGAUCAGUCAAUCGAAAACUAUCCAGGAGCCUAAAUAUGAAAUGAUAAUUGUGAGGGUCUGAGCACUAGUGCCUUGAGUGUAAUUUUGGGACAUGGUUUUUUAGAAUGUGUGGCAAUUUCCAUGAAAGGUUUUUUUUUUUUUCUCUGAUAUUGUGCUUUAUGGAAGAGACCAGCAGCGUUCAUCACCACUAUUCUGUCGUACCUGACUUGGAACAAACAAGUAUUCUUAGUAAAAGUUAUGCGCCUGCUGCUAGGAGUUUGCGUGCUUUAACAAACGUAGGUUUUUUCAUCUGAUUUUAGAGCACUGUGUUGGCUUGCUUUUCGGCUCACUCGUAGUAGAUUCAUGUGUCUAUGAGCAGCUCCUUUGAGUACUUGUACUGGGAAAUCCCAGGAAAUAGAGCGGCGAGCGUGAAUUUGGCUUACUUUAUUCAAGUGCACUUGUAAACAUUUAACAUGACCUGUUUAUUCGCAUAGUGGAUAAGUACAUUACUGUAUUGCGUACAGCAAAUAACUGAUUCAAGGAUGGAGGGUGCAGUGCUAAUGUUUGUAAGUGGUCUAUACGCUGAUGUUUCUGUUUAUGCAGAUUCUGUCAUUCUUGUUUAAUAACAGGACUUCCUUCAUGCCUACUGGUAGUGACGAGCCAUGUCCGCACCAAUGACAGUUCGUCGACUAAUGACUUUGCGUCGUGCUCGCCUAGCCGUGAAUACCAAUUUGCCACAUCCACAGCUAAUGAUCAAAGCCCGCUGUUUGCAACCAACCCGGCGGCAUGCACUUAAUUCAGCUUGCAUUAUGUGUACAUUUUCGAAAAUGAGGGGAGGGGGAGUAGCAAAGCUAACACAAAUACACUUCGAGAGACCACUUGUUGAUUGUAUAUAUGUACAUAGAAACUUAGCUCAAUGGCCCAAGACGUAUAAUUGGCUAGUCCGUUUUUGUGCAGGAAAUCAACAGUGCUUAGAAAGUGCUGUCAACAACUGUUUGCUCAUUUUGUUAAUUUUCAGACCUUUUCUGCCACACUCCUAACGUUAAAAUUUAUUUUCUGCCAUAUGCUCUGCUUGAAGUACAGAUGUUCAAGGUCAAUCAUUCAUGCUUCCGCGUUAGAUUGCAGCCCCUCUACGUCUUCACAAUGUGUGGAAGGAAUCAUUUGCUCCAAGCACAUUAACGUAUUUCUACCUCUUGUAAAGGUUACCGUACAAUUUUUGAGAUGUAUAGAUGUUAUUCAUGCAUUGCAUAUUGUAAAUUCUGCCUUACAGACUAACAAGCAGUGCUAAUGCAUGUCCCAUUAGGCAGAUCGCUACAUCUUCUUUCCCUAGGAUUCUCAAAGGAACAUUGCUGCUGGGAGCGGGAGUGUUGACAGUUUUUGAACUUGCGAGGUUGUUGAUAAAAGUUUGUUGUUGUUUGACAGGAUCACGUCACCAAAGACCCGUGUACAAGGUUUCUUUUGUAACCUUGCUUGCUUUGCAGGUGCAAAUAAUGCCAGAAAUAGAAAGCUUUGCUUUAUUGUGCGUAACUUGUUAAAAAGCUGUAAGGCACUUUCAGGAUCUUUUUUUUCUUUCAGAAAGCAUACAGUGUGAAUCUGCAUAAUAGGUCAUGUGGAGGGAUUUAUAGCUGUAGUAUUUCUAGUAGCUAUCUUUCAGUUCGGUAAUCAUCAUUGGUACCUGGUUCAGUACACAAAUCUGAUUGGUGGCCUCGUGAAACAUAUUUUCAGGGCAGCUUCAGUGUGGUCUUGCACAUUGUUUCACUGUGUCUGAAGUCUUUAUUUUAGUCUUAGCCGUAAUGUUUUAGCAUGCUUACAGAUGAAAGUGAGCACAUGUCCUAAAAGCAUUUUCGGCUAUGGAUAACAGUGGUGUUAUUGCAACACAUGAAAUUGGAAGACCUGCAUUGCGUGGGUACUGCGUCGAAGGGGAAAUGUGUUUCAUAUAGGUACCUAAAACAAGCAAUCGGGCAUUGCAAUACGCUAGAGGGUCGAGCUAAACAUCCCUCUGUUGACAUUUCUUCAUACUUUACGAUUUGUGGAGUGGAAACUUGAGAUCUACCACACCUGCCCCAGGGAAGCCUCUCUAAUAACCUCGCGUACUCAUGACAGAGGUAAUUACAUGUGCCAUCCCAGCGUAGUUUAUCUGGCCUCGUCUGUAAAGUUAUGUUCAGACUACUUGCACUAUGUACGGAUCCUUGAUAAGGAUCGCAAACGUGAAUGCAAGCAACAUAAUGAGCUUGUUUAGAUGUUGUGUUCAGCGUAAAUUAUAUAAUGUUUGGGACAUAAAUGAUAGCGGGCCUGCGACUUGCAACUACUGAUGAGACCGUUAUAUACAA